CAGAGUGGAUGGAGAGUGACUUACAAUCUGAGCCUUAAAGGUGUCUUCAGUAGACAUGAGCUGCACUUACUCAUAUCCCACAUCUCACACAGUGCAGAGAACAUUCUGGUUUAUUCACUGGAACAAGCCACAGGAGCUUGAGGACCUGUCCCAGGACCCAGAGUUCUCUCACCGUGUGGAGUACCUGAGGAAUCAGAACAGUGACUGCACUUUCAGAAUAAAGCAACUGAAAGAAAGCGAUUCAGCAAUAUAUCGCUUCAGGUUCCUGACUGACCGUUAUGGUGGAAAAUAUACUGGUCAUUCUGGAGUCUCAUUGACAGUUACAGGUCUUCAGGUGAAAGUAACAGAGAAUGAGGCACAGAGUGUAACACUGACCUGUAGCAGCACCUGCACUUUGAGUGGCAGCCCAACCUUUACCUGGAACAAGAAUGGAAAAGUUGUGUCCAAUAAAAAUAAAAAAUCCAUCAAUUUAGCCAGCACUGAUGAUACAGAUCUCUACUCCUGUGCUACAGGAGGAGUCACUUCCCCUGCAGUCAAUGUGAAAUGUUUGAAGGUGGAUAUAAAUUCUGAAGUGUCAGGGGGAGAGACAGUGGAACUGACCUGUAGAGCAACCUGCACUCACCUGACUGAGAGCAACAGCUUCAUUUGGUACAAGAAUGAGCAGCUUCUGACUGAAGACUCCAGGUUCUACCAGUCCUAAAGAAUCCUUAAAUUCAGACGUGACGAUACAGGCAGGCACUCCUGUGCUGUAAGAGGCAAUCAGCAUCUUGUUUCCCUCGCCGUGACUCUCAGUGUGAGAUGUUGUGUUUGAGGUCUCAUUUGUGUAUUUUACAUUCAUUUAUGCACAAGAACCAAGAGAACAAGAAUUCCAUUAUCAGACAGAUUGAGGUUUUGGGGUCUCAGUUGACUUCAAUCUUUAAUUGAAAUGAAAUACUGGACCAUUUACAGUAAUAUGCAUUCAUACAUUUAUUGUCUGUGCAGUAAAAUGUGGAAUUCUGUUGAAUAACUCAGUAUAUUGUGGUAUUGUAUUUCUUCUUCUC